AUGAGCUGGCCUGGCCGUCCGCUGGUGCGUUUCGUCCAGCGUGGUUCUGACUGGACGAAGUACAUCUCCCCCAACCCUGUCCUUAAACUCGCGCCUGCAAAAAGCAUUGAUCGACUACUCGAGAGUCCUACCUGGAGCGUCCGGUCUCUGCUCCCCCCCGGCAACCUUCGCAAAGAACAGACGCCGUCUCCAGCAGAAACAUCGAUCGGGGCCGAAGAGGCAUCGACGGUUGACGCACCUUCCGGCUCUGCGGCCGCCCCAGACACACUCGAAGACGAAAUCACGCCUCAGAAGCUGCACCACCUGCUCCGCCUCUCCGCGCUGCCCCUUCCGCGUUCUGCAGAAGAGGAGUCGCGUCUCCUCCACGACCUCCGCAGCCAAGUCCACUUCGUGAAGCAUCUGCAGUCGGUCGAUACAUCCGACGUCGAGCCGCUGGUCGCCAUUCGCGACGAGACAGAAGCGGCAAAGCAAGAACGCCAGGUGACCCUCGCGGACCUGCAGCCAUGGUUGGACAACGAGGCCAAAGUCGGACGUAAUGGUACCGUGCGGAGGCGGAAAACAGAUCUCAGAGCUGCCGCUGAGGCGGAGCAAAAGCGCAUGCGGGAAGAAGAGGCGGAGAAGGCCAGUGAUGAUGGCGGCGCAGAGAGGUUCCUGUGGGAAGACCUUAAACCGAGCGGGGAGGAAGAGGGUCGGCGUUGGGGCAAGUACUACGUCGUUCGAAGGGGCAAAAAGAUGAAUGCCGAAAAUGGGAACGCCGUGGGUUGA